AUGCAUGCUGUAAGCAGGCGUUGCACCCAAUGCCUUGCUGCUUCCAGGGCAGUCAAAAGCACUGGUCCGAAAGCAACGUAUUGUUCUAAGAGAUGGGAAAGUUCGCAGCCUGCGCAAUCUUUCCGCACCACUAUUUUCUCCGGAAUUCAACCCACAGGUGUACCGCAUCUUGGAAAUUACCUGGGCGCUUUACGUGAAUGGGUCAAACUUCAAGACACCGCCGCCGAAGAUGUCAAGCUAAUCUUUUCUAUCGUCGAUUUACAUGCCUUGACAGUGCCUCAGGAACGUCGUCAGUUGAGGACAUGGAGGAAGGAGGCCUUUGCGACAUUGAUAGCUGUUGGUCUAGAUCCAAAUCGCUCGACAUUGUUCUACCAGUCUUCUGUUCACCAACAUGCUGAAUUGUUCUGGCUUCUCAGUACCGUAGCUUCCAUGGGCUACUUGUCUCGUAUGACUCAAUGGAAGAGUAAACUUCAGCUGCCCGAAGACGCGAAUCUGGACAAUGCAGAUGUACGGUCGAAACUACGGUUGGGCCUUUUCUCGUAUCCAGUUCUUCAAGCUGCCGAUAUCUUGGUCCAUAGGGCUACCCAUGUCCCAGUUGGGGAAGACCAGAGGCAACAUCUAGAGUUCUCGAGAUACACUGCAAAUAGCUUCAACCAUCUAUACGGAUCAAUAUUCCCGUCCCCUGAAGCACUCAUAUCACCUGCAAAGCGCGUGAUGUCUCUAAAAGAACCAACACUCAAAAUGUCCAAGUCUCAUGUCGAUGGACGUUCAAGGAUUAUUCUCACCGACAGCCCUGGCGAGAUUCGUCGAAAGGUCAAAGUCGCGCUCACAGAUUCGGAGGCAGGAAUAAGUUAUGAUCCCGUACGGCGGCCAGGAGUGUCCAACCUUAUAGAGAUCAUAAGCCACUUGGACGGGAAAUCGUGCCACGAAGUCGCCCAGUCCUACGAGUCAGCUAGCCUAAGGGCUCUUAAAAGUGAGGUGGCGGAUCGGAUUAGCGACGUUCUAGCUCCCAUCAGGGAAAAGUACCACUCACUAAUGGCGGACAGCGCCCAGUUAGAUGCUAUCGCUGAACAAGGUGCACAUAAUGCGCGCGCAAAUGCUGAAAUCACCAUGAACAUGGUUAGAACAGCUAUGGGCUUGUGA